AUGUAUAAUCAAGUCCGCGUACGCCAGCCCGAUCAAAGCUUCAAACGUUUCUUGUGGCGGAGACCCGGCAGCUCAGAAGCACCGAAAACCUACCAAAUGAUGGUUCAGAGAUUUAAGUUAAUUUCGUCUCCAACGUCAUGUUUGUAUGCGCUACAGCACGCUGCAAAUAAUCACGACAAAUUCCGGUACGUAGGAGAAAUCAUAAAUAAAAGUUUCUACGUUGACAACUAUAUUGACUCGUUCGAGACGGAGGAGCUCGCUAUAGAGACGGUUGCUCAAGUAACAAAAGUGUUAGCGGAUGGAGGAUUUAGGCUCAACCAAUGGGUCUCAUCGUCACGGGCAGUCCUUUCUUCGAUACCUGCAAGUGAAAGAGUACACCAAACUUUGAAUUUGGAUCUGGAUGACCUACCAGUUGAGCGCUCACUUGGUGUUUUGUGGGAUUGCCAACACGACUGCUUCAAAAUCGCGACCCGACAGACAGGAACAGCCCUAACGAAGCGAGAAAUGCUGGCAGAAAUAGCCAAAAUAUUCGACCCAUUAGAAUUUCUCCUUCCCAUCACGACGUACGCCAAGGUAUUGUUCCAACAAGUAUGGAAGAUAACGCGCCCAAAACCGAGUGAUUUGUCAAAACGGGAACCGCUUCAAUGGGAUGAGAUGCUGCCCGAUCAGAUGGUCAAGAAAUGGGGCCUUUGGAGAUCGGAGUUGUCGCAUUUAGAAGACGUUCGUGUGCCGAGAUGCUUCCGUGAUCAACGAUUCCCACUAUCAACUACCCGUUUCGAGCUACAUGUUUUUUGCGACGCAUCAGAAGUUGCAUUUGGGGCAUGCUGUUAUUUACGGCUGGAGUGUGAAGCAAAUUUCGACGUCAAGUUUGUAUUUGCCAAGUCAAGAGUUGCACCGAUAAAAACUUUAUCGAUCCCACGUUUAGAAUUACAAGCGGCCGUGUUGGCGACCCGGAUUGCCGUAUCCGUGAAGAAAGAAUUGAGACUGCCAAUCAAUUCAACCCUGUUUUUGACCGACUCGGAGGUAGUGUUAAAGUGGGUAAAAUCAGAGCAGCAGCGUUAUUCGCAAUUUGUUCACCAACGGAUUUACGAAAUCACGGAGACAUCCAGCAAUGAAGAAUGGAGAUUCAUAAGUGGGCGCGAAAACCCAGCCGAGUAUUGUAGCCAUGGCCUUCGCCCAACGCAGCUGGACAAUCAACACCGAUGGUUUGAUGGUCCACUCUUUUUACAGAGGCCAGUCAGUCAAUGGGCCCAUCUUGACCAACGGCAAGAGCCAACAGCAGAAGAUCUAGAGGUGAUGAAGGAAAGGGCCGUCUUAUCAACCUCGAUUCAGACCAACCCCAUUGCCAAUUUAUUUAACGAUCGAUUGAGCUUAGAAGAGCUCAUUUCAGCCGUCAUCGAUAUGAAAAGAAGCACUGAAUGCAAAGAUCAGGAAAAGCAAGAAAAAGCAUCUACCGUAGCAGAGAGGGAAGAGGCCCUGCGAACCCUCAUCCAGAAAAUACAAGAAGCAUGCUUUGGAACGGAUGUGAAAACGCUGAUAGCUAGGAAGCAAUUAAAGAAAACUUCGCGGUUGGUAAAGUUGACACCAUUUAUCGAUAAAAACAAAAUUCUACGUGUAGGUGGUCGAUUGGAAAAUGCGACGGAGCUGUAUGAAAGUCGUCAUCCAAUAGUGCUGGACCCGGACCAUCAUUUAUCCAUCCUGCUGAUCACCGAAGCCCAUGUUCAGACGGCCCAUGCCGGAGUGGAAAGAACUUUGGUGGAAGUGCGGGUGAAAUACUGGCCGUUAAAAGGAAGGCGGGCGAUUAGAAGAGUAGUAAAGAAAUGCGUAGAAUGCAAGAUACAGCGUGUAAGACCAGCCCCACCGAUGAUGGCUCCACUUCCAAGGCCCAGACUUGAACCAUUCCAGCCAGCUUUUGCCAGCGUCGGGCUCGACUUCUUCGGACCAUACUCUGUCGUCAUCGGUCGGAGAAGGGAGAAGCGAUGGGCCUGCCUAUUUAUAUGCCUAACGACCAGAGCAGUCCAUCUUGAAAUGGUGUACAAGAUGGAUACGGAUUCAUUUAUCAUGGCGUUCAUUAGGUUCUCGCGCGUUCGAGGCAUAACGCCAACGGAAGUCUUCAGCGAUAACGGAACGAACAUCACUGCUGGAGAAAAGGAGUAA